AAGAAAAUGGGUUCUAUUCAAUGGGUUUAUGCCAAUGGCUCUUCUUGGGUUACUCUUGAUUCUUUAGCACAAAGCCAUAUUGAAAGUUUAUGGUCACACAACUCUUCCAGCUGGAUACAAAGCCAAUCCUUCCGUUGCCCUGUCUAUGUUGACAUUGGACAAAUGAUGCUCAUGUGUAAUGGCACUUGCUACAGUAUUGCACGUCGAAGAGCUUAAGCCAAACAUUAUUUAGAUUGUGUAUUUAUUUCUCUUGCAUUUCUUUAUGUAUAUAUAUAUCAUUGCACAUACGUUUCAUUCCUUCAUUUUAGACUUAUGCCUUUAUGCUCUUUUUAUAUGCUAUUUAUGAAUAAAUAUGGACUUUUUUUUUU